GGGAUAUAAGUGCAACAAAUAACUAAAACUCAAGAGCAGCAGCUGAGCACAAGAGCCCUCUACCCUCCUGCUAUUUCCAACAACUGGUUUCAGAACCGUUACUGCUUUUGUGGACGCAGAGCCUAGGCAUCAUGCUGAUGGAGAGAGCUGACGUUCCCCUGUUGACGUUUUGCCUGCCUUUUCCCCCAGAAAAGGAGACGGCUUUGUAUCUGUGGCCACCGAUUGCUCUGUGCGGUGCCUUCAGCAGCACCAAGCAGUGCUGUGGUGUGAGAUGCCAGCUGAUUGGCAGAGAGCGCCUGGUGGGCGGGCAUCCUAAGCAGAUAAGAGCUUGGAUCAGAAGUGCCAAAGGUUGGUCUGGGGAGAGAGAGGAGAGUGUGUUUGAGUUUGGGAAGCGCUGGGAAGGACACAGACAGAAUCGCAGGAUCAUUGCAACUGCAGAGUUGCAAUGGGCGCUCUCAGGGCAGCCCCGUCUUUGCGUUGGCUCUGCAUCGUCCUGGUGCUAGCGGGGCUGGCUCCCCUCACUGCUGCUCAGUACUGGUGGUCUUGGGGUAGACAAGAACCCACAACUGUGAUGAUGCCAACAACCCCCAAAGCCACGGAAGCAGAUGUGGAAGACCCCACUGAGAAAAUGGUCCUGAGCACCCCCACCCUUUGGGACACACCAGGGACAUUUACAGAGGAGGUGGCAGUCUCCUCUGAAGCAACAACACCAGACCUGGCUACCUCUGCAGCUGACAAGGAGGAAGUGUUUCCUGGCAUGGAUUUCCCCUUUCAAAACAUCCUUGAAGGCAGCACUGAGGAUGAAGAUGAUGAAUUUUUACACAGCCUAGUAACAGCACCGGGGAAGGAGGUGUCAACUGAGCUGGAAGAUGCAAAACCCUCAAUGUCUUCAGUUCACCAAACCACAAUCCGGGAAGAUUCUGAGACAAAAGAGGCAAAGCCUGUGACUGAAAAAUCAUGGUGGCCUCUGGCAACUGUUACAAAGGAGCAUCCUCAGAAGGCUGAAGAGGACCCACAUGUCUCGACUCCUGAUGUUCACCAAACCGUGGGCAGGGGAGACUCUGUGGCAAAAGAGGAGGAACCGCAACUCUUGACUCCUUCUGUUCACCAGACCGUAGUCAGGGGGGACUCUGUGGCAAAAGAGGUGAUUACGAAAGAGGAAACCUCAUCCAUUUCCCCUCCCAAGACAGCCGCUGCCUCCAUUAUUGGGAUGCAUAAUUUUUCCCAGUGUGUCUGUCCAGCAACACCAGGCCCUCGUGGUGCAAAGGGAGACAAAGGUGACCAGGGUCCUCCAGGAGAAAGAGGACUUCCUGGGGAAAGAGGGCUGGCAGGCAAUCCAGGCCAACCUGGACCUGCAGGACCCCCGGGACCCCCAGGCCAGUCCCUUCCAGGAGCUCCAGAAUGUGGUGGUGCCAAUGGUGGAAAUGAAAAGGGGGUCAGCAUCAUGGAAGGGCCCCCUGGUCCAAUGGGCUACCCAGGUCUUCCUGGACCUCCAGGAUACCCUGGUCAGGAAGGACCCCAAGGGCCCCCUGGCCUUCCAGGGCACGAAGGUCAGCAAGGUACUCCAGGCCUCCCUGGCACACCAGGCCAGCCUGGCCCACCAGGAUCCACAGGGCCUGCAGGCAUGCCAGGGCCAGUGGGGGCAGAGGGGAUUCCCGGAGCCAUGGGCCCUGAAGGGCAUCCAGGACUUCCAGGCCACAUGGGGCCACCAGGACCACCAGGCACCCCUGGGCAGCAAGGGCCUCCAGGACGAGAAGGGCUUCCAGGGAAGGACGGGCCAAAGGGUGAGAAGGGUGAGGUUGGCCUACAGGGCCCUCCUGGCAAUCCAGGUGUGAAAGGUGAAAUGGGGCCUCAGGGUGCACCUGGGCCCAUGGGUCCUCCUGGUGAGAAUCGGUGCAACACUCAUGCAAGAGUUCCUGGGCCUCCAGGUCCUAAGGGUGAAAAAGGAGAACCCGGAGAACGGGAUUGCUGCAACUGCCCUGGAGCAACAAAAGCUGACUCGGACUCCUGGACACCUUUUACCUACCAAGAGAAUGGCAAAGGAGACCUUGAGAUAUAUGGCUCGAUUGCCAGCCGUGGUCCUCCAGGCCCCGCAGGAAAUCCUGGCAUGCCUGGGCCCCCAGGCCCUCCUGGACCACCGGGAGUUAUUUACCUUAAUAGGGUGAUCCCUGCCCCACCCAGGAGGCAUUGCAAGCAACCGUUGAGCCAGGACCCAUCUUUGGAUUCAGAUGAUGGGCUGUCUUUGAAGGAUUCUUCCAAUGACAACCAGUAUGGGUUUAAGCACUCCACGUGGAUCUUCAAGUCAAAAGAGCUGAUGUUCAAAUCGGCCUCCUCCAUUCCUGAAGGCAGCUUGGUCUACGUCAGUGAAGGGAAUGAAGCUUUCUUCCGAACCCCCAAGGGAUGGAGCAGGCUUUUGCUGGAGGAUUCAGAGUCUUUGCUGGUUGGAGAUGACCCUUCGGUGUCUACAGACAGAAAUCAGGUCCAAAACGACAAAAGCCAAGCAACCGUCCAGACUGUACCAUCUAGCAUCCCCCAAAGGAUCCCUUCACUCCGCCUAGUGGCCCUCAACAUCCCCCUGACUGGUAGCAUGAAUGGGAUUGGUGGCGUUGACCUGCGGUGCUAUCGGCAGUCACAGGAGGCAAAGCUGCGUGGAACUUUCCGGGCCUUCCUGUCAUCAUCCACUCAAAGCCUAGUCUCCAUCGUGAAGAAAACUGACAGGAACCUGCCUAUUGUCAACCUUAAGGGCCAGCUGCUGGCAAAGAGUUGGAAUUCCCUCUUCAGUAGUGCUGCUCGUUUCAAUUCACCAAAGUCCCCCAUCUACACAUUCAAUGGGCGCAAUGUCAUGACAGAUCCUAUGUGGAGACAAAAGGCAGUCUGGCAUGGUGUCAAACAACUGGGAGGCCAGGCCGAAAAUCAAGACUGUCAGGAGUGGCGAACAGCCUCCAGCCAGUCCAAAGGCCUUGCCUCACCUCCAGCCGGAGGCAAGUUCCUCACAGCGGACACACAUAGCUGCUCAGACUUCCUGAUUGUUCUGUGCGUGGAAAAUGCCUUCUGAGAUGAGUGCAGCUUCAGAUCAGCAAGGAACAGCAGAAGGAGCCAGUUGCUACAAAGGCUGGAUCAGGAUGAAUGAAAUAAGCCUUUGACCCUUAAGACACAUGAGGUGGAAAAUGCAGGUACUCAUCCUUCUACCACAGCUGGGAAAGAAUGUUUGAGAGGAAAGAAAACCAUGCAUCACCUGCACCUCAGCAAGCUGUCAUGUGUGCUGAUGUGUAGAAUCAGCAGCUCACACAGGCAGGUGCAAAAGGGGCUUCUGCUUUGUUACAAUGUGUGUACCUGGACUUACAUGUGCACCACCAGCACUCAUGUACAGUAUGUUCAUAUACACACUGCUGAGAGGUUUAGGAACUUUUGCUGGAGUUAUGACGUGUGCUUGUUAUGGAUGUGUGUUAACCCUUAUGCCCACAAGAAGCUCUCACAUGAAGAAACAAAGAAAGCUUGGUUUAUUAUACAAGGUGUGACCGGAAUAUUCGGUGAAUGGUCACAGAAAUUGGACAGCGAGAAAUAUUCAAACAUACAUACCUUACAGGCCUUCAAAGUAGCCCCCCUCUGAUACAAUGCACUAUUGACAACAUUAGUACAGUAGAACUGUUGGAAACGUCUGGAGAAGUCCUCUUUUCCUACUGCUUUCAGUUCCCUUGCACCUUGGAAGUGUGAAAUGUUGAAAAAUCUGUGCCCUUUCAGUGCAAAUUUCAGUUUUGGAAAAAGAAAGAAAUCCGGUGGGACAAGAUUAGAAGAAUUUGGAGGAUGGGACAACUCAGUAACCUCAGUAACGAUUUCACAUGGAAUAUGCAAUUCUUCCGCCAUCAUUCGGACGGACAAACGCCAAUCCCACAUCAAUAACGCACAAACUUUGUCGACAUUUACCGCCAUUCUGCUCGUUGACAAUCUGCCAGACUGAGGGUCAUUUUCAAUGGUUUGCCGCCCUUCACGGAAACACUUAAACCACUCAUACACUGUCUUUUAAGUUACAGUUUCAUCUUCGUACACAAUUGUGAGCAUUUUGUGGGUUUCUGAUGCUGAUCUACCCAAUUUGAAACAGAAUUUCAUAUUGACUCUCUGCUCCAUUUUCAAUCACAACACACUGCACUAUUAACAGCUACUAAACGCUACCACAUGAACGUAGGCCUGUUAACAAAUGCCGAGACACGUGCACAUAUGUUAGCUGAAAUAUGGAUGAAUGCCUCCCACAUGUCUCCGCGAAUCCAGCAGUUCCCAUUAUUGCAUACAGGGGUGAUUCACCCUACUUUCUGGUCACACCUUGUAUAAAACAGGAGUGGCAGAAUAUAUAAAAAUGCUGCUUUAGACCGCAAAGUUACAGUCUAAGCAGGUAGAAAAUUACACUACAUACACACUUUGAUUAGAGAUUCCCUAACUAUUCCAAAGGCCUACAGAAGCAUGGGCAUGACAAUUUUGCCAUAAACCCACACUAGAAGGAGGGUGGGGGUGGGGAAGGAAAGCAUACCUGUCCUUAAAGCAAAGCAGACAUGUGCAGAGUCCUAAAUAUCUCUGGUUUAAGUGCUGUUCUGUUGGAGCUGUGAGAGCUAACAAAUCUUUGAAUCUAGGUUUUUAAAAUACCUUUAUGCCAUUAUGUACGGAGAUAAACCACAUCAUAAAUUCAGAUUCACACACUCCUCUUUACAACUUCAUCACAUAGGUAAAUCUCUCAGAAGAUAUGUCUGUGUGCGUGCAUUUGUGUGCACGCACUCACAGAGAUACAUGUGCGUGCACAGAGAUUCACAACCUGUUCUCUGCUUAGCAAAAAAAGGUGGCAAAAGGGAUGUAUUGUGCACAGGAAUUUUUAUGGAAUGUUGUGGCUUUUCCCCCACAGUGUUCCUCCAUGGGUAAACAUAGAUCUCAUGAAGAAAAGGCAGCAUCUAGGUUGCAGGCACAUUUACAUUUUUGGAACUAUUGAAUUCUACAGCAGGGAGGUGUUAACAUCUGUGGGACAGCUCCUGCACACUCCUGCACUAGCAAAAUGACCUGCAACCAAAGCAUUUCUGGCAGGUCGAGCAUCCUCUUGAAAACAGCCCAAAGAACUGCAACAGCAACCUUUCUAGGCAGCUUGAUCUGUUCCUAUACUGUGUUUAUAAGGCUGAUACUACACUGUUACAUAUCGCAAAUACUAGUAAGGAAAACCCAUACAGUAGGGUUGUCAUACAUCUGGGAAAACCUGGACAUGCCAAUCCAGGUGGAUUUUUACAUUUUAAAGGAAAUGUCUGAGUUGGGGGGCUCAGGCUCGGGCAGCUUGGACUUGAGCUGCUCUGCACACCACAGCUGCUGCCAGCCCAAGCCGGGCAAAGAGGCACACAGGGAGCAGCAGAGGCCUCAUGCACCCAUGUGUCUCUUUCCCCGGCUCAGGUUGGCAGUGGCUCAGGCUGCCCUCUUUUUUGCUCUUCAAUAUAUGGCAACCCUAUCAUACAGUCACCAUCACACAUGACAUUAGAAGUUCUUGCACUUCUUGAUCUGAAAUGUUGGUAGAGUGUUCUUUUAACUUCAAAAUGCUGCGCCCCCCCCCCAUGGGAGAAAGUUUGGUUGCUUGUUUCUUUUUAAAAACUGAUUCCAGUUUAAUAAAGAUGCUAUUUUGAAUAACCUUCUCCAGCUUUCCCUAAACCUAACAAAAUUGGUUGAUUUGAGCAUAUGGAACAUCAGUUAUGACAAUGAUAAAGAAAUGAAUGAGAGGCUUUUUAUGAUCUACUGGGAUCAGAUAAUCCAGCUACACCCAAAAAACUCUCAAGAGCGACAAGAGGAUCAAUAUAUGUAGAAAAUUCCCUAAUUGCCACGAGGUUCUCAUUCUAGCAAUGUGGAAUUCAUUUGUCCUGGACUCUGAACACCAUGGGUGCAAACCUGGAAUCAUUCCAUUACAUCUAUUAAACUUAACUGGUGAAAGGUGCCAUUUGUGUAACACUUUAAUCCCCCCCCCUUUGAUUAGUUGCAAUGCAGUUACUUAUUUUAUUAUGAAAAACAGAUCCUCAUUGUCCUGUAAUUUCCUCCCUACAAUCCUAUUUCCUCUCACCUUCAACUUUUGAAUCUAUUCCUUGUUUCCUCACUCCUGUUUUAAGUCAUUUUACUGAGUGUACAUUUGUUUACAAUAUAUCAAAGGAGGUUAAUUUAUGUUAUCACAAUAUAUUUUUCAACAAGUUUUUUUUAAAGGACAGCUUAGUUGGUUAGAGGGGUUUUUAAUUCCAUCCAUCUUUUGACAUGUUUCUUCACACUGUAAUAAGGCUCCAUGAUGGAGAAGGUCCGAUGUGAAAUAAAAAUUGUUCGUUUGUCAUUCUC